GGUAGGAGGAGAGGAACUGCGUGCGGACAAAACAAGAAACGCCGAGAAAGUGGGAUGAUCACAUCCAUAUGGUGGAGCUUGUGCUUUUAACUUCCUGAACAGAGAGAGAGGGAGACACAGAUGAGAGAGAGAGCUGGGAAACCAACAAGGGUAAAACAACUGGAAGCUUUGCAGACAUAUCCUGAUAAUCUAAGGAUCUGAAAGAAACAACAAGGAAGGCACUGUAGAGGCAACUUCAAAACACAUGAACAUUGUUGAGUCACAAUGUGUGUGUGAUCGUGUAUGGAAUGUGCUGUGUUUUUAUGAAGAUCACAACUGGGAGGGAUUAAAGGAAAGAGGGGAAAUACAGAGACGGAUCUAAGAAAGUGCUCAGGUUCAUGCAGAAGUGAUGGUGUGAGGUCACCAAGAAGAUUUCUCUUAGGUUUGUAUGUUCAUCAUUUCUCCUUUCUCUCUAUAUCAUCUGGAGCUGUGAAGCACUUCCUACUAUUUGGUAAGGGGACGCGCAGUUCAUAUUUACAUCUGCUUGAGGACUCUCAUAGGAUAUGAACGUGCCAUGAAGUUUUUUUUAGUCAGAAUCAUCUCUGUUUAUUGGAUCUAGGCUUUGUUUGUACACUAGGGCUUGUUGGUGGACUCUUGGCUGAAGUAGCUGUUCCUUUGUGGAGUUUGCAGACAUCAGCUGAACUUCUCUGAGGGGUGUUGCCUUUCCCUUAUAAGGCGAAAGCAACCGAGUGGAAGUAUUUUGAAUUUGUGGUGGUGCUGCUCCAUCGCCUUCUCGCGUCUGCUCAGUCUGGAACUGGCACUUUUUGCAUUCUUGGUUCCUCUUACUGGAAAUGUCAGCACAUAGGAUGUUCAUUGGUCAAAAAUAUGGGUGCAAAUAGCACCUCUGUCCUGGUGAAUCACAGCCCUUUGGUAUCAGCUGUCUUGGCCAGAAGGAGGUGUCAGUGGCUAACCCGACAUAAGCAUCAUGAGGAGACCUGCAUUUGAAACAAAGUUUUUCAACACAGGUGAGCGUAUUAGAUGUUGCUGGGUGCUUUAACGCAUCUGGAUCUGACUUCGCUGGUUUACCCUCAAAGAAGAUUGGAUGGAAUCUGAUAGCAUCACACUUAGGAGAGGGCAUGUCAUUGUGGACCUCCAAUCUGGGUCAACAACAUGACAUCAUAUUUGAGUGUGUCCCUCCUGACACAUCAUCUACUAUAACUUUGAACAACCAACCAGACACAGAGUUUUGAAGGUAAACUUCAGGGCAAUCUUCUAGGAUACUCAUUCUGUGCCCUGACUUCACCAUGACAUCCACAUCGUGGUAUCAUCGAGACAUCAGCCGGGUGCAAGCCGAAGAGCUGCUGGCUCGUGCUGGGAAAGAUGGCAGCUUCUUGGUGAGGGACAGCGAAUCGGUGCCUGGAGCCUACGCCUUGUGUCUCUUGUUUCAGAGACAUGUUCACACAUACAGAAUCCUGCCUGAUGCAGACGGCCUACUGGCUGUUCAGGCCCCACAGGGCGUCCAGGUGAACUGUUUUCGUACUCUUGGUGACUUAGUUGCUGGGUAUCAACACCCUCACAAAGGUCUGGUGUCCUCUUUGCUUUACCCUGUUAUGCGGGAGACAGAGCCCAACGACGAGAGCUCAGAUGGUGAUGAUGAAAAGUCGGGUUUAACGCUUGCUACUCCUCCACCACCGGCAAUGUCCCCUGCUACGGGCCAACCUCCAGCCUCCAAUUCAGCAGUCCCUCAUUUACUGCUCCAGAGGCUUCAGGAGCUCAGCUUAACUAGUGUAGGUUGUGAGAUCAUUCCUUUACUGGACGAGUAUCUGCAUGGUAAUGUGUGCAUGGAUCUGGAGAAUGUUAAGAGGGGAGCGUCAGGACUGCAGCACUUUCAGUCCAUCCUCAGCUGCAUGUGUGACAACCUGCACAGUGAGAUCGACCAGACACUGUCCAGUUUGGAGACUUUGGCUAAAGUUUUUGAUCAUCCCAGCAGCCACCUCACCUUCUCCAUAAAGCAGAAUACAGGAAAGAGUCCUGAAGAAAACAUGGAUAAUCUACUUCACAAGCUCACCACCCUUUGUAACCUGUUGUCAUCCCUGGAGAAGAGGGUUCUCAAAGCUUUGCAAGAGGCUGUAACAAAUCACAACUUAUCUUUGCAACCAGCCACUCCUCCAGAGGCCGUCACAGUUACAAAAAAACAAGACAGACCGAAUCCUGUGCACAGCUUUCAGGUGAAGGUGGUCAGGUAUGGCAGGCAAACAGUGUCAGUAGACAUUGAUGCAGGAGUACUGCUGUUUGACAAGAAAUCUGUCUCAUCUGGAGUGGAGACUGUCAGUCAUGACAGGAUUGUGCAGCUGGUAAAGUUUCAAAAAGGUCCUGCCAAGCUCAAGAUGGUUGUGGACAGUCAUCAAAACCCUCCAAGGGAACUGGUGUUUGAGAGCAUAAAGAAACGAGAAGCCUUCUGUCGCCUGCUGCAGCUUAUGAAGUCGACUCACUCCAAACAGUCUGAGCUUGACAUCAUCUCUGUGUUUGUUGGCACCUGGAACAUGGGGCACACCCCUCCACCUGGUUCACUGCAAUCCUGGUUUACUUGCUGUGGUCUGGGUAUCACCCAAGAUGAGUCCAUUGCCUCUCUGCCUCAUGAUAUCUAUGCCGUGGGCACUCAAGACAACCCGCAGGGUGAGAGAGAGUGGACUGAGCAUAUCAGAGCCUCACUCCGGAGUGCAACCAACAUUGACUUUAAACAGGUGGCAGUGCAGUCCCUUUGGAAUCUGAAACUGGCUGUGCUUGUGAAGCCGGAGCGUGAAGGCCACAUCAGUCAAGUAAACACAGCUAUUGUAAAAACUGGCCUGGGAAACGCACUUGGAAACAAAGGAGCAGUAGGAAUUUCAUUUUUCUUUAAUGGCACCUCUAUGGGCUUUGUGAACUGCCAUCUGACUUCUGGUAGUGAUAAAGCAGUCAGGCGGAACCAUAACUUUCAGGACAUCCUCAAGCUCUUAUCUCUUGGAGACAAACAGCUCAGCACAUUUGACAUUAGUUUUCGUUUUAAUCAUCUCUUUUGGUGUGGAGACCUCAACUACCGCCUGGACCUGGACGUGCUGGACAUAUUGAAACAUGUUUCAAAACGAGAAUUCGAGGAGCUGAUGUGUGCAGACCAAUUGACCAGAGAGAGACAUAAACGAAAAGCCUUUUUUAACUUUAAGGAACAGAAAAUUUUGUUUCCCCCAACCUAUCGGUAUGAACGGGGUUCUAGAGACCUCUAUCUAUGGCAGAAAAAAUCAAGCGGGGUGCAAGUCAAUGGUCCUUCAUGGUGUGACAGAGUUUUAUGGAAGUCCUACCCAGAGUCUCACAUAAUCUGUACUUCUUAUGGUUGCACAGAUGACAUCUUCACCAGUGAUCAUUCACCUGUGUUUGCAACUUUUGAACUAGGAUUGAUAUCACAGUUCCCCAGAACAGAUUCAGCCUCAGAGAGAGCCAGCAUUGAGCUGGAGGCAGUUGAAGCCAUAGUGAAAACUUCAAGCAAGGCCAAGUUUUUUAUUGAGCUCCACUCACGCUGUCUCGAAGAGCCUCGCCGUUCUUUAGAGAAUGACUCGCAGCACUGUGAGGUGCCAGGGUUUCUUAAACUUGGCUGGUCUUCAAAACAGUUUCCCAAGCUUCAGCCAGUUUGCUCGGAUUUAGACUAUAUUCGGGAUCAGCACUUGCUCUUUUCUGUGAAGUCAUGUGAUGGCUUUGAAUCAUAUGGUGAAUGCUGUGUGGCACUUCGCUCAGUAGCAGGAAAAUCCUCAGGACUAUUCGAGACAUGCUUGACUCACAGAGGGGAAGAGAUGGGCUCAAUCAGAGGACGAAUGAGGGUCUUUGUACCACCAGAAUGCCGAAAGAUUCGGGAAAGGCUCUACGAAUGGCUCUGUGUUGAGAAGGAAGUGACGAAGGAUCAUUUGUUUUCUCCCUUCUGUGCAUUCUCCACCCAAACUCCAUCAGUCUCACACACCCCAGCACCAAACAGUUACACCAAUCCUGCCUACUUCAUGUUUGAGGGGAUGCCUGUGUUGCGGAGGAUUGAAGAGAUACAGUCGGCCAGCAACAAGUCCCAAGUAGUGUGUGCCAACGACACUGUGAUACAGCUCCCUAGAGUGACAGGAGGCCAAAGCCAUGGUAAAAGAUCUGCUCGGAGGUCAGACUUUACGGAAAUCGAAAUUCCUGGCUCCUUACCACCCCACAAACCGCUCUGCGAGGGUCUAAGUGAACUGGCAUUGCCUGUUUCCUCUUAUCAGCUUUUCCCAGGACCAGAUAUCCCUAAUAUAUCCCCAAACCAGAGACACGGCACAUUUUUAAAUCCAUCUUCACAGUUACAGUCCCAUAAAAACAACAUGGCACAGGAUUCGGUAUUACCAGUCAAAAAAAACACAAACUCCUACAUGAACCACUCCAUUUUUUCCCAGGACAUGCCACUGAAAGAGAAAGUCAGAAAGGAUUAUCACAGGCUGCACCAGGGCCAGCCCAUGCCAAUGCAAAAUGGACCAGAGCCCUAUGUGUCCACUAGGGUUCCCAUCUAUAAAUCUGUUGCAGCCUGGGUGGUUGAACAGCCAGCUGCAGGUGACAACUCACUAACAGCCCUACAAAUGGCUAAAUCACUAAGUGAGGUAGAUUUUCAGCCAGUAGACAGGCAGUACCAGUAUAAUCAAAUGUCACCUCCAGUAAGGCGUCAUGGGUUUGAUUAUGGUAUAGAUGGUGAAAGAAGCUAUGGUUGGGGGAAAGAGGUGUCAGUCUUGCAUGGAGCCCCAGAAACAGUGUGGGAGCUGCUCAGCACAUUGGGUCUUCAGCGAUACACUUUAGACCUCAGCCGCAAUGGCUGGGAUGAUCUCGAUUACUUCAGUGGAAUAACAGAGGAGGAGCUUUGUGCAGCAGGCGUAUCCAAUCCAUCUCACAGACGAAGAAUCUUGGAAAACCUGCCCAAAAUUUGGGACUGAAGACAGAGAACCAUGUAAACUAUCGAGUUAUAUUGUGACGUUUUUAUAAAUAACAAUUUCAGUAUUUGUCUAUCUAAUAAAUGUUUUUUUUUAACUUU